AUGGCGUCUUCGAAUGCCACUGAGAAAGUCGGGUCCUAUGUUUGGCACGGGGAUGGUAGAGAGGAAGCUGUGCUGAAUCACGUCCUUCAGCACCCGAAUAUUGAGAAAAUGAGAGCGAACCCUGCAGCUGUUCUUUCGGAGAUCGACAAAUGGGUGGAAGACAACAAGAUACUGAUGACGAUUGGACCGGUCAAAGGAAACCUGGUCACAGAAGUUAUAGUCCGUUCCAAGCCAGAAGUGAUGGUUGAACUGGGCUGCUAUAUUGGAUAUUCCGCCAUUAAGUUUGGGGCCGCGGUUAGAGCUGCCGGAGGGAAACAAUACUUCAGUUUGGAAAGCAAUGCUCGAUACGCCGCAAUCGCUUCGACUCUAGUUGAGCUUGCUGGACUGAAAGACUUUGUCAAGAUCGUAGUAGGCUCAAGUUCUGAGUCUUUACAGAACUUGGAUAUCACUGAGUUUGCUCCCAAGAUUGGCGUUCUGUUUAUCGAUCACGCCGAAAGCCUAUAUCUGACGGAUCUCAAGAUCGCAGAGUCCAGGAGCCUUUUGGAUAAGAAAUCACAUGUAAUUGCGGAUAAUGUCAGAGGCCCUGAUUCUAGGAGCUAUCUUGACUGGGUCAAUGGUGAAUCCCCUCCGUCUAGAUAUAAGUCAGAGUUGAUGGACUUUGUUUUGGCUACAGGCGACCCUGACGGAAUUAUUUUCUCUCAACAGCUUUAG